UAAACGUAAGCGAACUGACAUUUUGGAGAAAGUUGCUUUCGGCGAAGCAGAAAAAAAAAGCCGGGAAAGUAUUCUUCCAAUAUUCGCUGAAUAGGUUGGUUAACAAAACAAUUGCAGCUAAAACUGCAUCGUUAGAAGGUGUUUCUGCUAAUAGUUUUCAUUUACUAAAACUGGUUUGUUCAUAGAUGAAGGGCGAUUGCUGAAGCAGCGGUUCAGUUCACGACAAGGAUAUAAAAGCAGCAUUUUUUGCCGACAACAUAUCGUGAUUUGUUUCUUGCAGGUAGAGUCUGCUGCAGCAGCAAAAAUGGUGCACAUACACAUGGAGAAUCUAAUGCGUACCGAUCGCCCAUUAACCUGGCUUUCGGAACCGACAUGCGAUAGGUGCUCGCUUCCUUUUAACAACUAUGCAGAUGACCUGUACAAUAGGUUACCGUUGCUGUUGUCCUGCAGCCACCUGCUGUGUGGUCUGUGCGUGCGUGAACAUGCCAAUAGCGACAGCAUUAUGUGUGAGCGCUGCAACAAGUACGUACCAUUUCCGGACAACUACGACCCAAGCUAUUAUAUGCUGGGCAUGUUGGCUCAGAUGCAGCAGGAGUUGAAACAUAUCGAGCUCUACUAUGAGGAAGAAAGUAAGAAUGCGAUGAAGGCUAAAGGUGCUGCUGCAACAAACGGAACGCCUAAAGAUUUCACCAUCGAAUCGAUAGGUGAUAUAAGCACAAUGAAGAAGAUGAAAAGCGUGAUCGAAGAAGCGUUUGAUUCGUACGAAAAAACUAAGCACGUACUUGACAAGCGUGCCAAAUCAUUUCCUGAAAACGUGGAUCGAGUGGUGCAAAAAAUCAAUGCCCAUUUUCUCACUCUUCACAAUGCGCUACAGAUAGAGCAGGAUCGCGUGCUGAAGCUGAUACGCAAAACAUACCUCGAGCAGCAACAUCAUACCGAGCAACAGCACCAACAUUUACUAGCUUCCAAAAAUCGUAUGAUAAAGUUGCACAAACGGUUGAAGAAUUUUCAGGAUGAGGCGGCUUGCCCGGACGAUAAAGCAUGGCUUCAGUUUAGCGUUGAGGUGAAACAAUUUCUGGAAACGGAGCCACUGAAACUGGCCUCAGCGGCUCAAGGUGGUAGCAGUGAUUGUCAGUUCGCGGUAUUUUUUACUGAGAGUGACAAGUUUUGUAAAACCAUCAGUGGCAGCUAUCGGUUGAAGGUUCCUGAUUUAAGCAAGGCUGAGCAGCUUGUACCAUUCCCGACCAGUAAGAAAAAGCACCUGAAAGUUGGUUCAGAUGUAGCGGAAUCUUGCAAAAAAGAAGCUAAAGAUUCAAAUUUAUCGAAACAUACUUCAAGGGAUAGGAAACUAUCUGACCAUAGCAGGCAUCAUGAAUCGUCCGCUAGAAAAGCGGCUAGUGUUAACGAACAAUCAAACUCUGUGCCAACACAUUCUACGCAGGAAAACAAACUAUCGGACCAAAACAAACAUUAUGAACCAGCCGGUAGAAAAACCGUCUGUUUCAUUGAACAAACCAUUGCGGCACGUGAGAAAAAACACUGCGAAGAAAGUGUUCGCUGCGGCACUUCUAGCCAGAGAUCGUCACGCGAAAAAAGGCGUUCAAAAACGGGCCUAAAACUAUACGAGCCGCGCGGAAUCAACGAAAUUGAAAGGACGAUUUUGGAAAGGUGCUUCUCGACUGUUACGGUUACCUACAUAGUAAAUCCGCACGAAAUAUAUGUACGGGACGAGUUGCACGAUGAUAUCGCGGCUGAAAUUGUGGAGUUAUGUCGAAACGAGGCGAAAGCAUACGAGACGAAACUGUUGAAGAGAAAGCACAAAUUUGAGGUGAAGGUUGAUGGGUUGUAUCUGGUGCAGCCGGAAAAUACUACCAAUUGGUAUAGAGCGUUGGUACUGGAAGCAUUCAACACCACGCCGGAACGGGUCGGACCGUACACGGUACAGUACGUGGAUUAUGGCGGCAAAGAUACUGUCGAGCACGAACAAAUGCGCCCCAUGUCGAUUGAGCUGAGCGAGAUAGAGUGGCAAGCGAUGAGAUGCUCGCUGUACAAUGUCGAUACGAUCGACCGCACUGCAACAUCCUGGCCGGCGGAAUGUUACCAGCUAGCGAUGGACUUUAUUGGCAAUCGUAAAAUGAUGCUAUAUGAGGUGGAAAGUGUAUCCGGCUGUCGGUCGGUUGAUAUUUUUCUUCCACCAAUAAUUGCUACGGAACAUGCCGCAACGAGCGGCGCCACACGGAUAGAUGUGAUGUCCUGGAAUGGUUACUACCCUCCCAUGUCGCUACGUACCACGUUGAUAACGUUGCAGCAGUGUGUCGGAAGCAGUGAAGCGAACGAACGUAACCCGCAAGCUGUUGAGCGUGUCAGGCUGCUAAAGCGCUGGAUGACACAAGCAACAGAACAGGCACAGAAACGUUGGACCAUUCGGCGUACGCCGGAGCUGACGCAGUAUGAUUUCUUUGACGUUCACAUAACCUAUUCGAAGUCGCCCGACCACUUCUACAUAAUGCCGAUGGAGUGGAAAACGAACACGUUCGACAAACUGCAGGAACAACUGAAUGAGAUGUGUGAGAAGCCGAACGCGUACAAAGUAUUCUGUCCAUACGUAGGGCUCGUCUGCGGUUUCGCGCUCGACACCGAAGAUAGUGAACGCAUUUGGUUGCGUGGUCGCAUUGAAACGAUUGUACCCGGUAGCUGUUGGAUGUAUGCGCUCGAUACGGGCGAAACCAUCAAGGUGAGCUGUAAUGAUUUGUAUCUGUUUCCACCCAACAGUACGCUUAUGUCGGUAUAUCCGCUUGCCGUGGGCUGCAGUUUGGAGCAUAUACGUCCGAAGAGUGGCAAUGGCACGAUUUCCUGGAGUGGGGAUGCGAUCGAGGAGUUUAACUUGCUGCUGAAAAGCAAAACGCUUCGAUUUGCCGUUACGAUGGGUUCGCUGUGGAACGAAUCGAAGGUGUACAGCGUGUUGCUGUAUCUGCGCAACAAAUCCGACGUUGAUACGUGCGUCAACAGGAUUCUCGUGGCGCAGGGUCACGCCGAAUGUAUCAUGGGAAGGGAAGCGGAGAUUAACGAUCUUGUGCAUAAGUCGCACACCAGGCAGGCGAUUGAUAAAGCAGCACCAGCCGGGACUGAAGCUGCGGAGCCCAGCAACAAGGUGAUCGAUCCGCGUGUGCCGGUCGAUUUGCUGAGAGUAAUUUCACCCGACGAGAUCUACGUACGGCUGAGUUCUCGUAAGGGCGAUCUGGAUGGGCUGCAACAGGCGAUACAGCAGCAUAUGGACGAAACGCUCGAUGGUGACGACGGUGGGAUAGAGGACACAUCUUCGGGGCAGAAUUCGAGCAAGAGUGACUGGUCCCCCGGUGAUAUGUGUCUCGUGUUUACGUCACCGAGCAGUGGUCACACAACCGAAUGGUACCGUGCACGCAUUACGGAAGUACAGGAAGAAGGUGAGCUGUACGAAGCGUUUCUGAUCGAUCGCGCAUUAACGUUGCAGGUGCAUCGGACCAAUGUGGCCCGUAUGGUGCCACGUAUCGCACAGCUGCAACCCGGUGCCGUCCGUUGCCAAUUGGCGUGUAUCGAACCGCUCAAGGGUAGUGACGGUUGGCAAAAGGUGACUGUCGACGGGCUGCAUAACAUCAUUGAUUCGUACGAAAAGCACGCCAUCUCGCUGGAUGCGAACCGUGCGAACAGUAAGGAUAACGAACCAACCAACGCGCACCAAUCGUUGUCCGUUGUGCUGUGGGGUGUGCGGGUGCUGCCGCAACAGGCACUUGCACCGCAGAAAACGGAAUACAGAAACAUCAACCAGAUGCUCGUCGUACGCGGUUUAGCGCACUCGUCCGGGCGCUUUCGCACGUUAGCCACGGUCGGUAACGAUGCGCUGGAAGAGCUACAGUCGGUAGAAGAAGCGGUCGAAAAGAUGACGCGCGGCGAGUACAAAAAGCUGAAAGAUUUUUUUCGGGCAAUCGCCGCCGUCUCCGCCGAAACGGAAGGAUUCGGAGCACGGGAGGAUGGCAACGAAACGGCGAAAGUUGUGCUAAAUGGCAAAGACAUGCACGCAAGGGUGGAAAUAGACGGGCCGUGCGCAACCGUACUGACGCUGGUGAAGGACGCGGUUGAGUCCAUCACCGACUGGCCGGAGAGCAUUCCAAUUGAGAAGACCGUCUUCGUGGGGAUGCCGACACACAUCGGUAACGAUGGUACCGUCUUUCUGAUGGAUCUGUGUCAGCAACCGGUGUUGAACAGUAUACGCGAUACGAUCCAGGAGUACGUGGCGAAGAAUGGUCUGCUUUCGCCGACAACGCUUUCGGUCACAUACAAGCCGGGCGAACCGUGCCUUGCCCGAUAUCAUCUAGACGAGAUGUUCUACCGUGCCACUGUUGUGGCUGUUAUCGAACGUAACAAGUAUCGUGUAUUGUUCGUCGACUACGGUAAUGAGGAAAUGUGUCAUGGUGAGGAUUUGCGCAAGGACAUCGUUUGCGGACGGGUACCGGUACAGACGAAUCGGUUUCGGUUGAGCGGCAUCGUUCCGGAACAAAUAUGCAAGCAGACGGGUACGUGGCCUGAAGAUGCAAUCAUCUUAAGUCAUGGACUGAUCGUACAGCAACUAUGCAAAGUGCACGUCGACACGUCCAUCUGGACACCGAACAUUAGCCAAGAAGCACAGGUACGCCGUCCCAUUCCCUGCAAUCUGUUUCGACUCAACGAUUUGGUCGAUGUGCGCCAAACGCUGUUAGAAAUAGGCAAUUUUAAAAGCCACGUUGAACAGAAGGAUGAAUCGGACAGUGUGUGCGACACGGCUGUUUCGCGUGUAUCAAACCGGUACGAAUCAAUCGACUAUCAGUUGGCGAAUACUGCACCAGAACGUAGCUAUUCACCACGAUUCUGUACACCGGAGCAGCGUGAUCUGAUGCAAUUUGUGCGAGAGUUGGACACGGAUUAUGAUUUCGAUAGCUUCACCAAGAAGUUUGAAGAUCCGAACGAAAUGCUGGAAGAACCAAAUGACGAUAGCGACGACUAUCUGAACCGUGCCCAAGUGCUCAACGUAAAUGCAGCUGACCUUAAUGAUGAUGCAUCGGACGACAGUAGUCUGACCGAGGAUGUAAGUGUGAGUUCCCUGCUGUCAUCCUUCAACCCGGACCAUCUUGAUUCGUCCACCCGACUGUCGGCAGAUGAGCUCCACUCUCAGUCAAGUGUCCCGACCGGUAUGCAGACUGAUCCGUUGCCACGCGCUAGCCCAUUUGCAUCACCGAUCGAUCCGAAUCGAACGGCCGGAUUUUUCGCCAACUUUGUCAAAUACGGUCCCGGCCUUACGGUGCACCUGUUUCCCCACAUCGAAGGACAUUCGCUACGGAUGAUAAAUAUGACGCAGAGAAUACAGCGCUUGGUCAGAUCGCAACCCGAGCUGCUUAAAUGGCAGGCGCGCCAGGUCGAGGUAGGUGAACCGUGUCUUGCACCGUACAGUGCGGAUGGUUUCUACUAUCGUGCGAUCAUCGAAAAGGUGUUCGAAGAGAGCAGCGAAGUGUCCAUCAUGUUCGUCGACUACCUUAAUCGGGAUACCGUAGCGAUCGCGGAUUUGCGCAAAUGUCCGAAAGAGCUGCGCAACAUUCCGCUGCGCAAUGCGGAGGUGCAGCUGAAGGGCGUUCGUGUGAAUCAGCGAUUGCGCCAAGCCGACAUUGGCCGACGUAUGCUGGAGGUGUUGAUACAACCAUUCUACGUACGGAUUACCCCGGCGACGAAACCGUCCUCCCAACCGGGUGAAACGCUUCAGCCGGAGGUAGAAUUAUUCAGCGAUUACGAACGGGGCGUCCUUGCUUAUGACCAAAUGAUCAAAGAACGGUUCCUAUAUACUAGCGAUCCCUAGGGGUGAUCGGGGUGGGUGAUAAAAUUUUGUUUUUUUUUCAAUUUUAUUUUUGUUGUUUGACUUUAUUGAUAAAAAGUUAGAUUAUCCUCAUUGCUUAUAUUUCAUCAGCACAAUUCGUUUUUCAUAUCAUUUACAUAUUUACUUUUAAGAUUGGUAGGAGUUUUGAUUUGGAAGUUUUUUUUCAUUAUACUUCUACCGCAGGUACACCGUUGAAGUACAAGAAAUCGCUAGGUAUAAAUAUUAAAGAAGAUUUUUCAUUUGAAUUUGAACUCCCGUGCAUCUAGGCAGGUGUGAAUAAUACGAAUGCCAACGAAAAUAAUGAUGUGACGAUACAAAAUCUGUAAUGUGAUUAUUAAACGAUAGAAGAACGUUAAAGCGACGCAGCAGAUAAAUCUAAAUUACAAGUAGCAAAGCUACAUACGAAUACGAAUACAUGCACUUUAUAGAGAUACGAAUAUGUUAUCCGUUGAAUAAUUUACAAAAGGGGAAAUAAACAUGUAACCAUAUACAAAGACGAAACCACACCAAACAAGAGUGUUAUUCUGUUAUUCACAUAAAUCCGAACAAACCGACUAUCCUUGGGAUAAGCUUGCAGCAGCGGGGGCCUGAUAAGAAAAUGGCAUUGCCGUAUAGAAAUCGCGUUAACCACGCGUUAUCUCGGUAAAGUCCAUUUCCGUGUUGUGUGCCAAACGCUGCGAAAUCAUCAUUUGUGGCUUUUGGUCCUAUUUUCAAGAGCGGAAGUAACUUUGUUUUAUUAUUAUCUCGCUAUCGAUACGCGAAAUGUGGACACUUAACGACGUUAACCGGAUGCGCGGUCCACGAACUGCGCACGGUAGCUUUUAAAUCGAGCACAUAAAGAUAUGGGAUUUU